AUGGAUUAUUCAUCAUGGAUUAACACCUCCUUGGAUCUCAAUAUUAUUCCCCGCAGGAUUCAUGAAGAAUUUCCCAAAAAGGAGGUGGAAACCAAUUUUUUCUCUCUGGGGCUGAAGAAAUCUUCCGUAAAAGAAGAGUCUUCUGGUGCCUUGGUGGAGGAGCUGAAGCGGGUGAGUGCAGAGAACAAGAAGUUGACCGAAAUGCUCACAGAGAUGUGUGAGAACUACAAUGCUUUGCGAAGCAAUUUGAUGGAAUAUAUGAGGAAGAACCCUGAUAAGGAGCUCAGUCCAUCGAAGAAAAGAAAGUCAGAAAGCAGCCACAACAAUAGUGUUCCAGUGGGAAUCAACGGAAACUCUGAAAGCAGCUCAACCGAUGAAGAAUCAUGCAAGAAACCAAAGGAAGACAUAAAGACAACGGUUUCAAGAGUUUACGUGAGGACAGAAGCAUCUGACUCGAGCCUUAUUGUUAAAGAUGGAUAUCAGUGGAGGAAAUACGGUCAAAAGGUGACCAGGGAUAACCCUUCUCCAAGAGCUUAUUUCAAGUGCUCUUUCGCUCCAAGCUGCCCGGUCAAAAAGAAGGUGCAAAGAAGUGUGGAUGAUCAAUCUGUUCUGGUUGCAACUUAUGAAGGAGAGCACAAUCAUCCCCACCCUUCUCAUAUGGAGGUAACCACAGGCUCCAACCGUGGUAUGACCCUAGGUUCGGUACCAUGUUCAGCGUCUCUUAGCUCUUCCACACCAAUGGUUACCCUUGACUGGACCAAAUCAAAGUCCCGCAGCGAUUCAAAGAAUAUUUCUCCCAAAAUCGAUACACCAGAAGUCCCUAAGGUUUUGGUAGAACAGAUGGCUACUUCCUUGACCAAGGAUCCUAAUUUCAGAGCAGCACUAGUUGCUGCAAUCUCAGGAAAAAUGUUGCACAAUAAUCGAGUACAAAAUGAGUGA